CACGCUUCUAGUUCCCUUUUGACUUCUUCCUCUUCUUCCUCUUCUUCUUCUUCUUCUCUCCUUCAGCUGAAAGAGCCAAUUGCACAGCCCAAAGACCAGAAGCAUGGCUCAGGAUAUAGAACCGUUCUCCAUAGCUGUCGCAGACACGGAGCUGGAGCUGCUCAAGAAGAAGCUCUCCAACGUCACAUUUCCAUCCGAGUCCGAAUUCGCCAAUGACUGGAGCUAUGGCACUCCAUUGAGUGAAUUGAAGCGACUGACUGAGUACUGGAGGGAUGGCUUCGAUUGGCGUGCACAUGAAGCGAAGCUGAACCAGAUCCCGCAGUUCACCACCAAGAUUGCCGCGGAAGGAUUUGACGAGCUCAGCAUUCACUUUAUACACCAGAGGAGCAGCAGGCCUGGAAGCAUUCCGUUGCUGUUUGUUCACGGAUGGCCUGGGAGCUUUCUAGAGGCAACAAAGAUUGUCAAGUUGCUCGCUGAGCCAAAGGACGAGAAUGCGCCCUCGUUCCAUGUCAUAGCGCCUUCACUGCCCAACUUUGGCUUCUCUGAUAGAGUGACGCAAAAGGGCUUCAGUCUUGCCCAAUAUGCAGAGACAAUGCACAAACUCAUGCUGAAGCUGGGUUACGACAAGUACGUCACGCAAGGCGGCGACUGGGGCUUCCUCAUCACCCGCUACAUCACCAGCACCUAUCCCCAGCACUGUCUCGCAGCACACACCAACUGCGUCAUGGUCAAGCCUCCUCUCCUCUCAGGCCUCUGGGUCGCUAUUCGCUACUACCUCGGUCUGCUCUCCGAGGAGGAGAAACACGGCUUCGCUCGGACGGCAUGGUACAUGAAGGACAACUCGGGCUACAUGGUCAUGCAAGCUACAAAGCCCAACACGCUGAGCUUCGCACUGGCCGAUUCGCCUGUCGCGGUGCUGGCGUGGAUAUAUGACAAGCUGCACGACUGGACGGAUGCGUACCCGUGGACCGACGACGAGAUUCUCGAGUGGAUUUCCAUAUAUCAGUUUUCCAAGGCGGGCGCAGCCUCGAGUGUCAUGAUCUACUACGAGAUAUUCAAGAUGCAAACUGACACAGCCUUCAAGAUGAUGGAGUAUAUCCCUCAUGUGCCCCUGGGGUUGUCGUACUUUCCGAAGGAGUUGUCGAUUUCGCCAAAGGCCUGGGGCAGAUCGCUCGGGCCCGUGGUCUUUGAGGGCUCGCAUAGCAAAGGAGGGCAUUUUGCCGCGUAUGAGUGUCCUGAGGAGCUUGUGGGAGACUUGAGAGAGAUGUUUGGCAGAGCAGGCGGUGCGUCCAAAGUCGCCGAGACUUUCAAGGCUACGUGA